AUGGCCUUCCUUUCUAUUGUUUCCAAGUCUGCUGUCAUGCUCUUCAUCACUGCCUUGUGCUUCCUCUUUGUCAUGCAGCUCCAAGCUUCUGAUUGCAAGAUGGGCAGUGGAUGCUUCUACGUCAAAGCAACUCUGCAUGAAGUGCAUUCCAGAAAGUUGCUUGAAGGGAUGAAGGGCAAUGAAAUGGUUUUCAAGAGUGGCAUGGCUGGAUCGGCAAGUGGUGGCAAAGGGAUGAAGGUUGGUGCUGGUUGGGAGUUGAGGGAGGCUCCGAUGGGUCCAGACCCCUUGCACCACCACGGUGGCGGCCCCAAGAACGCCAAGACACCAUAG